GUGAGGUAUUUACAACACUGUACUACAGUGGUGCGUUCCAAGAUGGGUGACAUAUGGAGGAUGAAUUCCCAUAUGGAGGAUGUAAUAAAAUCUUAUAAAACACUAACAAAGAUCCCCUCCAUAACCGAUGGGAGGUUGAAUAACAACGCUACUAGAGUGACCUCAAGAUGGGCCAUACGGAACUUGGAUAAGGGCAAGCAGACACACUAUCUUGUAGAUUAUUUACUGGAUGACAAUCUGGGGGUAGUUUCACAGAGCCCUUUUGGGGUUGACAUCAGUCAUGAAAUAUUAACAGCAGUGUCCCCAAAAGAGACGUUCAAAGCGGUGAUCAGGGAAGCGAAAGAUGACAAGGAUGGAUCAAAAAAGAAGUUUUUCCUUGAAGUGUGGUCCAGCGCCGGCCUCAAGCAUUCCAUAGAUCUAAAUGCAUUGGACAUACAUGGUGAUGUCUAUGCCGAUGCGGAAUUCGGUAGUCUAGACUGGUCAUCGGAUGAGACCAACGUAGUAUAUGUCGCAGAGAAGAAAGUGAAAAAAUCGGAACCGUUCAUCAAGAGGAAAUCGGUCGACGAUAUCAUCACGCCAGCCAGCAGGAAGCCUGAGCCGGGUCAAGAACACUUGUACCGUGACGACUGGGGCGAGCAGCUGGCCGGCAAGAUUGAGACAGUGGUGGUGGUGUGCAAGCUGCCCGAGGAGACCUUUACUGUGUUGGACUUUGUUCCUGGAGGGCCCGGACAGGUGAGGUUCUUACCAGACGGAGAGACCAUAGUGGGAGUGACAUGGGAGACAAAAACGUUGGGCCGCUUGGGUCUCAUCUACUGCACUAAUCGACCGUCCUUCGUAUUCUGCAUCACCUUCACUGGCACUUUUAAAAUACUGAGCGGCGAGAACAAAGCGGUCCGCUCGCCGCGCGUGGCGCCCAACGGCGACUUGUUCUGGCUGCAGCGAGAGGCGCACGGGCCGCACCACGCGUGCCACCAGCUCGUCAGACUCGCUGCGGACGACGUCAAAAUCCUGCUAGACUCAGAAGAUGAAGAGAUAGAUGACAAACUAGUGUCAGUGGUAGUGGACAUAGUGGAGAAAGAGCUGGAGAUAAGCAACGGCGUGUUCUACGGCAUCUACUGCGGCAGCUUGCCGUCCAAAUGCUUCAGCGAGGACAGCAAGAAGCUGGUAUUUAGCACUCAACAGCAGAACGAAAUAAGGAGCUACGUAGUUGAUACUGAGACCCGCAAACUAGUGGAUAUAACGAACAACCGAAAGGCCCUGGGUUCGACGUCUGUGCUGUGCGUGCAGUCUGAUGUCAUCUUGGCCUCUUUCUCCAGCCUCACUACACCACCACAGCUUUUUGCAUCAAAACUGUCGAGUAUGGUGCGCGACGGCGGCAUAGAGUGGGUGCGCGUGAGCGCGCCCGCCGAAGUGCCGAGCUCCGUCGCCAACGCUAAAGUGGAGUACAUGACCUUGAAAUCGGACGCACAAGCUCCUGUGUCAUCGUUCACGGCGAUAUACUUCGGGCCGGACGAAGGCAAAGUGUACCCGCUGGUGGUGUGGCCGCACGGCGGGCCGCACUCCGCCUUCUCCAACUCCUACUCGCUGGAGGCGGCCUUCUUCAACCUCAUUGGAUUUGCCUGCCUCCUGAUAAACUAUCGCGGGUCGACCGGCACGGGGGACGCGUCAGUAUUCUUCCUCCCCAGUCGCAUCGGCUCCGCUGACGUCGAGGACUGUAAAUUCGCCACUCAGAAAGCUUUAGACCAAUACCCUAUUGAUGACAAACGGCUUUUGUUGUAUGGAGGCUCUCACGGGGGUUUCUUGGUGUGCCACUUGAGUGGCGUGUACCCUGACUUGUACAGCGUGACGGUGGCGAGGAAUCCCGUCACUGACUUGGCGUCUAUGUCAAACACGUCCGACAUUGCCGAUUGGUGCGCUGUGGAAGCUGGGUGGCCGUUCUCAGAGGAAGGUCCCUUGAAUGAGGACAAGUUGCUGACAUUGCGAAGAGUUUCCCCAAUAGUUCACGCGCAGAACGUGUUGAUUCCCACGGCUCUGAUGCUGGGCUCCAAGGACAAACGCGUGCCGUACUACCAGGGUCUGGAGUAUGCGCGCAGGUUGAAGGCCAACGGGGUCAAGGUCAUCGUGUACAUGUACGAGGACAACCACUCGCUGAGCAGCGUCCCGGUGGAGAUGGACAACCUGCUGAACGCGGCGGACUGGCUCAUCACGCACAUCAAGCCCUAGCGCUGCAAGGAGCAGUGGGGCGCGUACCUCAGGGAGUUCGCCUUGCAUCUGCUGCAGGAGACCGUCGCCGACUAGAGCCGAGACUGUUGUCACAGACCAGUGCUAGACAGUGAUGAUGUGAGUUCGAAAAAUGGUGAAUUUUCACAUUCUCCAUUUCAAAAUAGUGUUUAAGUAUGUGGCUAAAAUGGUGAAUUUUUCCAUUCUCCAUUUCAAAAUAGUGUUAGUGUUUAAGUGUGUGGGUAAAAUGGUGAAUUUUUAUAUUCUCCAUUUUGAAUUUCGUGAAUUGGACACGACUCAGUGUUAGUGUUUAAGUGUGGGUAAAAUGGUGGUUUUCCACAUUCUCCAUUUUAAAAUAGUGUUUGUCAACGAUCUCCUAUUCAAAAGUGGAUGCACAAUCAGCGACCAAAAAACGUCCCCACUCAAUGAGUGCCAAACUUCUUGGCACUCAAUUCAAGUAGUCGCAUUUGCCUUGAACUUAAGGUUGAAUUUUCUCUGAAUUUGUGAUUUUAUUGAAUAUUGGACUAUAUUUAAAGGCCUUUAGGUAUAGUUUUCUUUGCCAAUAAUUCUAAAACUGUCAAAGCAAAGUUGGCCAGUUUUCAAGUGAAAUUUUCUACAUGAUUGUGCGUCCUUUUACUAUAAUAGGUCAAUGGUGUAUGUGUGAAAAAUGGUGAAUUUUCACAUUCUCCAUUUUGAAUUUCGUAAGCUGUAUACGUAACAGUGUUAGUGUUUAAGUAUGUGGGUAAAAUGGUGAAUUUGCACAUUCUUCAUUUUGAAAUUCCAAAAUUUAGUUUUUUUACUGUGCCAAAGUUUAUUGCUACGACACUGUGUUAUAGACAGCGUUUAAGUUUUGUACAUGAAAUGGGGAAUUUUUACAUUCUCCACUUACAUUCGAAAGUUGCAUAAUUUAAUGCUUACUGUACCAAAACUUGUCUUUAUGGUAUGUAUGGUAAAUGGUCUAAGUUUUUAAGAAUAUUAUGCGCUAGGGAAGUGAGAUUUGGCAGAUAGAGAAAGUGCUGAAAGCUAAUUUUUACAAGUCAUAUGUGUUGAAAAUAUAUUAAAAUGAGUAUUAUUAUGUAUUCGUAAAAUAAUACCACAAUUCUUCAUGAAAUAUCAAUAGAUGAAAAGUACAGUCUACGUAACUGUAAAGGUUGUGGAUAAAAUAAGUUAUAAAAAGUGUAAUUUUUAUGUAUAAUUAGAAUCCGAUAUUGUUUAAAUAUUUUAAUGCUAUUGCUGUGUGUGUGUGUGGCGAUUUUUCAGAAAAAACGAAGUCGCCUUUUUUAACCGACCUAAAAAAGGAGGAGGUUCACAAUAAUUCGUCUGAAUCUUUAGUAUAAUUCAACUAAGUGUUUAGUUUAGGGACUCUCAAAGUAUGACGUCGCUCUAUAGCGCAUACUUUGCUCUUAUAAAAUGGUCGUCAACCCUUGACUACAAUCUCACCUGAUGGUAAGUGAUGAUGAAAUCUAAGUUGGAAGCGGGCUAACUUGUUAGGAGGAGGUUUCUACACGACAUCGUACCAGAACGCUAAAUCGCUUGGCGGUACUUCUUUGUCGGUAGGGUGGUAACUAGCCACGGCCGAAAGCCUCCCACCAGCCAAAGACACGUUUGCUUUUAUUCAAUGACCUCUAGGUGUCCAUUUAAUUAGCUAAUUUAACUAGAUGGCUGAGGCUUAAACACCACGUCGCCAUCAUUUUGUGGUAGAGGAAACAUCUCGAACAGAUCCCAGGACUCGUGACCUUGGGUGUAGGUUUAAAGGAUCCUUUCAGAUUUAAUUGGCACUCACCUCCCCUGCCCGACAUGUUCUUUAUGUCCACACUAAACAAUUUAUGAUCAAUAAUUACAACACAAGACAUUAUCGCACAAAAUCACUAACAGGACCAGCAGCAUGACGGUGUUCACGCUGCCUAAUAAAGACCUGAACUUAAGUCAUCAAAUACCUUCUUAUUUAUACCAUCACUGUUGUAACAUCUUCAUACAAAUACUUCCUUUUUAUAAUAAUGUUAAUACCACUCAUAAUUGGUAAAAAAAUUAUUUCAAAACUCUACACAUCUAAGUAGAACAGUUACUAAGGAAGUCUUAGUAGAAUUUAAGUAGAAUUAAACUUAAUGGUCAAGUGUAUGAGUAUAAUUAACUUUCUAGUAUAUUGUUCGAAUAAUGUUAUUAGAUUAUUCUAAUCUAACGAAAAAACUAUUAGCUUUUGUACAUAAAUUGUAAGAAUGAUAUUCUAACUUUCGGAUGCUCUCGCAAUAUUUCUUCUCUAGGGAUUAUCAGCAAUAGAAUGUGAACAAUAAGUAAUAUUGUAGCGGUUAAGGGAAAAAUAAAGGGUUAAGCCUUAAGAUUCAACAUGGUUAAUCUUUAAUUCUGAUUCAUUUAUUAUUUAUAUGUCCAUAAAAUACUUUUCUACUAUAUUUUUAUAUUUAUGUGUGGAUACAAUUUUGUUGAGAUAUUAUUUUUUUUAAAUAUAAUUUUGUCAUGUUUUUGAUAUAAUUUUCUUGUGUUUAUGAUAUACGCAACUUUUCAGAUUGAUAUUAGAAUGAGAUAAAUGCUAUUAGUCAGAUUACAAAAUUAUUAAUAAAAUGUCAUUAUAAGUCAUUUACGCUAAGUCGGUUAAACCAUAGAUAUAAGGUGUAUUAUCUAUACUAGAUUCUGUAAUAAAUGGUAUAAUAACUCACACAGCAUUAAAACAGGACGGCGUGUCUCUAAAUAAAGGUGUGAAAAGAUACAAAUGUUGGUCUGUAAAGGUCAUAGCUCAUUGGACUUAUUACCGCCUCGUCGCUCGGUGUCCACACGUCAACGCUUGAAUGGCGCGUAUUAACCAGUGAAUGAAAAUUAGUCCGUCAAUCAUCGUCUUUGCGCGUAAACCACUCUCGGAUAGCGCGGUAACUAUUUGGAUCCCAUGGUCAAUAGUAAAUAGUCAAUAUUCAUUUAUUUCAAUUAGUCUUAGUUUACAAACACAAGAUAAUGGUGAUAAAAAUUACUCGAAAAUUUAAAAUUAAAUUCACGAGGGUUCUAAAUACGCCUUGGUCCGAGAAGAGUCCACAACAAACUCAGCCAGGCUUUUUAUUUUUUAUUUUAUUACUAUUUAACAAUAGGUGUAAAAGUAGUUGAAAUUAUUAAGAGCCGUGAUAGCCCAGUGGACAUGACCUCUGCCUCUGAUUCCGGAGGUUGUGGGUUCGAAUCCGGCCCGGGGCAUGCACCUCCAACUUUUCAGUUGCGUGCAUUUUAAGAAAUUAAAUAUCACGUGUCUCAAUCGGUGAAGGAAAACAUCGUAAAGAAACCUGCAUGCCAGAGAAUUAUCUUAAUUUUCUGCGUGUGUGAAGUCUGCCAAUCCGCAUUGGGCCAGCGUGGUGGACUAGUGGCCUUGCCCCUCAUUCUGAGAGGAGACUCGAGCUCAGCAGUGAGUCGAAUAUGGGUUGAUUACGUAAAAGUAGCCAGCCAUGUAAAACAUUUUAUUUCCAAGCUUUUUUGUCGUUUAUAUAUUCAUUAACACUAUUAUACGACUUUUCUACAAACUUGCGUUUAAUAAAAACUUUGAAAUUAUUGAGAGACAUGCCUGUGGUUUCAUGUGUCAGUUUAAUAUAAAAACAUGCCUGCAUAUAUUUUCAUAUUAAAGUAACGGGAACUACCAGAAUCUGCUAGUAGUAGUAUUCUAUACAAAGAAUACUUACCACUCAAGGCGAGGCAUGUCAUGGCGCUGGGUGGUUCCAAUGAGCUAUGACCUUUAAUGGCUUUUGUAUUUAAAUCUCUGACUGUAUAAAUCUUUUUCAUACCAGCUUCUCUGGUAUAAAUGACUAAAAUACUACAAAGUUAAAAAAAACUAAACGUUUCUAGGUCUAAGUUCUAAGCAUAAGUACCUAAAUACUUAUCCAAUAUGUGUAACGAAAAACUACGAAUUUAAAUAAUAAGGAAACAUUGUUAUAAUGUACUUAUACAAUAUAAAGAUUUCAAUAA